AUGUCUGCAAAUGAUAAACAAUACAUCUCGUACAAUAACGUACAUCAAUUAUGUCAAGUAUCCGCUGAGAGGAUUAAGAAUUUCAAGCCGGACUUAAUCAUUGCCAUCGGUGGUGGUGGUUUCAUUCCUGCUAGAAUCUUACGUACAUUUCUAAAGGAACCCGGUGUGCCAACGAUUAGAAUUUUUGCUAUUAUUUUGUCCUUGUACGAAGAUUUGAACAGUGUAGGCUCAGAGGUUGAAGAAGUUGGUGUUAAAGUUAGCAGAACGCAAUGGAUUGAUUACGAACAAUGUAAAUUAGAUCUAGUUGGCAAGAACGUUCUUAUCGUUGACGAAGUCGAUGACACCCGUACCACACUUCAUUACGCUUUAAGUGAACUGGAGAAGGAUGCUGCUGAACAGGCAAAGGCCAAAAAUAUAGAUAUUGAAAAAUCUCCAGAGAUGAAAACGAACUUCGGGAUUUUUGUUUUACAUGAUAAGCAAAAGCCAAAGAAGGCAGACUUACCUGCUGAAAUGUUGAAUGACAAGAACCGUUAUUUUGCAGCCAAGACUGUCCCAGACAAAUGGUAUGCAUAUCCAUGGGAAUCUACUGAUAUUGUUUUCCAUACUAGAAUGGCAAUCGAACAAGGCAAUGACAUUUUCAUUCCUGAACAAGAACACAAGCAAUGA